GUGUCUGGAGAACGUGCGUGACGUUACAUGACAUGUGUCUGUUGAGGUGUGGAGGGCUGCGACAACUCUCCUUAAACCAACAGCAGAUCUUUUCGAGAGGUGAAUGUCCUGUAGGUGGCGCUCUGUAGGUGGAGGAGGUGAUGCAGUGGAUGUGGGCUCCAGUGACGAUGCGGCGCGUGGUCCUUCUGCGCUCCGUGUACCGGGGUCACACCUGGGCUGUGCGUGAGCUUCCUGUGACCGUCCAGACCUCGCGCUGCUUCAGUUCCACUAAUGUCUUCAGGAUGAAAGAGAGCCUCAAAACGUCCACAGAGGAAGAAACGCCAUUAAACCCUCCACAGAGUCUAGCAGGGACCGAGGGUCUUUAUAAGGCUGAUACGGGGCCUGCCCCUCAGAAUAAGGGUGAUGUCGACCCUCUGCAGGAUAAGUCUAUCGGGCUGUUUCAGAGAUUUAAAAAGACGUUUAAACAGUAUGGUAAAGUCAUGGUGCCCGUGCACAUCGCCACAUCCACUGUGUGGUUUGGGAGCUUUUAUUAUGCUGCAAUGAAAGGGGUGAAUCUGGUCCCGUUUUUGGAGUUCAUUGGUUUACCGGACUGGAUGGUGGGAAUCUUGCGAGAUUCUCAGGGUGGCUAUGCACUCACAGCCUACGCAAUGUAUAAGCUCGCUACUCCUGCACGAUACACCGUUACACUGGGCGGCACGUCCAUGUCUGUACAGUACCUCCGCAAACAUGGAUACCUCUCCACUCCUCCUCCUGUUAAAGAGUACCUUCAAGACAAGAUGGAGGAGACCAGGGAACGACUGACUGAAAAAAUGGAGGAGACAAAGGAGAGGUUUUCAGAGAAGAUGGAGGAAACCAAAGAACUGCUCUCGGAACGAAUGGAGGAGACCAAAGAGCGCUUCUCUGGGACAAAAGACAAGUUUUCUGAGAAACUGCAGGAGACGAAAGACAAAAUGACUUUCCGUAAGAAAUCCGACUAGGCUGCAAUGGCUAUGAGAAGAGAAGCGUCACUAAAAACUCAUAAGCGCACUGUGGAAUGUUUCACACGAUCAAUAAUUUGAUACAACUCAGGUAUUUGGUGUGGACUUUUGAAAAAUGUUUAUGUCCAAACAAUGCAAGUCCGUCAAGUCCAAAACAACAUUGGACCCCAUUGACUUUCACUGUAUUGACCAGACCCCAAAAAAAAGUAUUUUGUGAUCAUACAGGUUUAAAACGACACAAGGGAGAGUAAAUGAUGACAGAAUUUUAAUUUUUGGGUGACUGUCCCUUUAAGGUAGUGGAUGUUCACACACAGGACAGGAACUAUCAUGUUGAAAUGGUUUCCAUGCACUCAAGUUAAGUGUUUUGGAGAGAAGCAAACUUGAUCUAGCAAUAAUACUAGAAUUAUAUUACACCAAAAUCAGGUUAAGUGUGUUUGUGUGAAUGUAUAUUAGUGCAGUUGUUAUAAAUGUAUUAAUAAGUGUUCCUACUUGAUAACCAAGUGAUAAUUAAAUAUCAGUAUGUAUUUGA